CGCCCCCUCGCCCAGCCUCCAGGCUCGGGCACACUCCCUGCUCCUCUGCCGCCCCCAGGAGCAGGCUGGGCCCGAUGCGCGCUCUGUCUCCGCGCCCCCGCCCGCCCAUCGCUCGCUUGCUCGCUCGCACGCACUCCCGGUAGUAAUUUCACUUUGCCACGCGAGCUCCGCAGCCCCUAGAAAUCCCGCCCCCCGGCCCUGUCCCCGGCCAGGUGCGCGAGCCUGCGCGCUCCUCCUCCGCCUCCUUCGGCGGGUCCCUGGCGCGCCGAGGCCGGGGCCCGGCUGGGGCGGCUGCGCGCACGGCGCCUCUCCACCAACCCGCUCCCCUGCAGGUCCCUAGCUCGCUCUCCAUCCCUCUCCGGCGCUCCCUCGCUCCCCCCCGCCCUUUGAUUGACAGGCAAGAUGUCGGUGUGGAGCGAGGCAGGAGCUAUUGCAGCAACCGUCACCCCCGGAGCCUGGCGGCGGUAGCAGCAGCAGCAGCAGCGCGGGGAGGAGACAGCAGCCAGCCGCAGUAGCCGCCGCAGCCGCGGGAGCAAUGCAGACAGCACCUUGAGAACGCGCUAAAGCACUUCCAAACCGUGGACCAUGCCGUGUCCCUGCAACUGGGAGGGGGGCAAACCAGAUUUUUUUUUGACAUAAAAGCAAGCCAGCCAAAAAUAUAUAAUUUUGUCCUUCAAGGAGCCGGUGUGUAAAGAGUGAGCGCUAUUUUCCUUCUCCUCCUCCUCUCCCUCCUCCUCUUCUCCCUCCUCCUCUCUCUCCUCCUUCUCCUCCUUCUCCUCCUCUUUUUCCUCCUCCUCCUCCUCCCUAAGUAUACAGACAGCAUCACAUCACCUGGUUUGCUUCUGAGAAACAGCAUCUCUCCUUUUCAGGGACCAGAGACUCAGAGAGGAGACAUUCUAAUGGAGUCCGCUUGAUCCCCAAAAUAAAAUAAUAAAUUUUGGCUCUUGUCCCCUCCUCCCACUCCCACCCCCUCAACCCUGUGUGAGAUGUUGGAUUUCUUCUUCAUGAGACAUUGUUGAGAAGUCGCAGUGGUUGGAGAGGCGGAGGGGUAGACUACCUCUACUCCCCCCCCCUUUUUUCUCUCUGGGAGGAGGAGGAGGGGAAGGGGGUUGCAGAGCAAGCGAUGGAUGAGGAAAACAUGACGAAAAGCGAGGAGCAGCAGCCUCUGAGUUUGCAAAAAGCCUUACAGCAGUGCGAACUGGUCCAAAACAUGAUAGACUUGAGCAUCUCCAACCUGGAAGGUCUUAGGACCAAAUGUGCUACCUCCAACGACCUCACACAAAAAGAAAUCCGGACCCUGGAGAGCAAGCUGGUGAAGUACUUCAGCCGGCAGCUGUCCUGCAAAAAGAAGGUGGCCUUGCAGGAGCGCAACGCGGAGCUGGAUGGCUUCCCCCAGCUACGGCACUGGUUCCGGAUCGUCGAUGUGCGCAAGGAAGUCCUGGAGGAAAUCUCCCCGGGCCAGCUGAGCCUGGAGGACCUCUUGGAGAUGACGGAUGAACAGGUGUGCGAGACUGUGGAGAAAUACGGAGCCAACCGGGAGGAGUGUGCCCGCCUCAAUGCCUCCCUCUCCUGCCUCAGGAAUGUCCACAUGUCAGGAGGCAACCUUUCCAAACAAGACUGGACCAUCCAGUGGCCCACGACAGAGACGGGGAAGGAGAACAAUCCCGUGUGCACCCCGGAGCCCACCCCGUGGAUCCGCACCCAUCUCUCCCAGAGCCCCAGGGUCCAGUCCAAGUGCGUCCAGCACUAUUGUCACACCAGCCCCACUCCCGGGGCCCCUGUGUACACUCACGUGGACAGGCUUACCGUGGACCCCUACCCGGGCUUGUGUCCGCCCCUGCCCCUGGAGUCGGGCCACCGUUCCCUGCCCCCAUCGCCCCGGCAGCGGCACGCGGUCCGCACCCCGCCGCGCACCCCCAACAUCGUCACCACCGUGACCCCGCCGGGCACGCCGCCCAUGAGGAAGAAGAACAAGCUGAAGCCCCCGGGGACCCCACCACCCUCCUCCCGAAAGCUGAUACACUUGAUCCCGGGGUUCACCGCGCUGCAUCGGAGCAAAUCCCACGAGUUCCAGCUGGGGCACCGCGUGGACGAGGCCCACACACCCAAAGCCAAGAAGAAGAGCAAACCCUUGAACCUCAAGAUCCACAGCAGCGUAGGCAGCUGCGAGAACAUCCCCUCUCAGCAGCGCUCCCCGCUGCUGUCCGAGCGCUCCCUCCGCUCCUUCUUUGUGGGACACGCACCUUUCCUGCCUUCCACCCCUCCUGUGCACACCGAGGCCAACUUCUCUGCAAACACACUGUCUGUGCCACGUUGGUCCCCGCAGAUCCCUCGCAGAGAUCUCGGCAACUCCAUCAAGCACAGGUUUUCCACCAAGUACUGGAUGUCUCAGACAUGCACAGUCUGUGGGAAAGGGAUGCUUUUUGGCCUCAAGUGUAAAAACUGCAAGUUAAAGUGCCACAACAAAUGCACCAAAGAAGCCCCACCCUGUCAUCUUCUGAUCAUCCACCGAGGAGAUCCAGCAAGGUUAGUCCGGACAGAGUCCGUUCCAUGUGACAUCAACAACCCUCUACGGAAGCCACCUCGGUAUUCAGACCUGCACAUCAGUCAGACGCUCCCCAAAACCAACAAAAUCAACAAGGACCACAUCCCUGUCCCUUACCAGCCAGACUCCAGCAGCAACCCCUCCUCCACGACGUCCUCUACGCCCUCCUCGCCAGCACCCCCUCUCCCUCCUAGUGCCACGCCGCCUUCUCCCCUACACCCUUCCCCGCAGUGCACACGGCAGCAGAAGAACUUCAACCUGCCAGCAUCCCACUACUACAAAUACAAGCAGCAGUUCAUCUUCCCAGAUGUGGUGCCGGUGCCGGAGACGCCGACCCGGGCGCCCCAGGUCAUCCUGCAUCCGGUGACCUCAAAUCCAAUCUUGGAAGGAAAUCCAUUACUUCAAAUUGAAGUGGAGCCAACGUCGGAGAAUGAAGAGGUCCACGAUGAGGCCGAGGAGUCAGAGGAUGACUUCGAGGAGAUGAAUCUGUCCCUCCUCUCGGCCCGGAGCUUCCCACGCAAAGCCAGCCAGACCAGCAUCUUCCUUCAGGAGUGGGACAUCCCCUUUGAGCAGCUGGAGAUCGGUGAACUGAUUGGAAAGGGUCGCUUUGGGCAAGUGUACCAUGGCCGCUGGCACGGCGAGGUGGCCAUCCGGCUGAUUGACAUUGAGAGGGACAACGAGGACCAGCUCAAGGCCUUCAAGCGGGAGGUGAUGGCCUACAGGCAAACGCGGCACGAGAACGUGGUGCUUUUCAUGGGCGCCUGCAUGAGCCCGCCUCACCUGGCCAUCAUCACCAGCCUCUGUAAGGGACGGACGCUCUAUUCUGUCGUGAGGGACGCCAAAAUCGUCUUGGAUGUCAACAAAACCAGGCAGAUUGCUCAAGAAAUUGUGAAGGGCAUGGGCUACCUCCACGCCAAGGGAAUCCUACACAAGGACCUCAAGUCAAAGAAUGUCUUCUACGACAACGGCAAAGUGGUCAUCACGGACUUUGGACUCUUCAGCAUUUCUGGGGUGCUGCAGGCUGGCAGACGGGAGGACAAACUGCGCAUCCAGAAUGGCUGGCUGUGCCACCUGGCACCAGAGAUCAUCCGCCAGCUGUCCCCCGACACAGAGGAGGAUAAGCUCCCCUUCUCCAAGCACUCUGACGUCUUUGCCCUUGGCACAAUUUGGUAUGAACUCCACGCCAGGGAAUGGCCUUUCAAGACCCAACCGGCAGAGGCAAUAAUAUGGCAAAUGGGCACAGGCAUGAAACCCAACCUCAGCCAGAUUGGCAUGGGAAAAGAAAUCUCGGACAUUCUUCUCUUCUGCUGGGCCUUUGAACAAGAAGAGAGACCUACCUUCACCAAGCUCAUGGACAUGCUGGAGAAACUGCCAAAGCGAAACCGCCGCCUAUCUCACCCUGGACAUUUCUGGAAGUCUGCAGAGCUGUGACCUUUGGACACCGGGACGGCGUCCAGCUGCCUGGGCUCCCGUCACCUCUCCCUCCCUGCUCUGUCCUCUGCCAGCUCAGGAGGCCAGAGACUCAGCAUCAGAGGGUACCAACCCUGACCGACCUGGGAGCACUGGACAACAGCUUGGCGGCCUCCCUGCACCUCAGACUUGAGCCCUUUUCCUCGGGCAGGGUUGGGGACCCCCGAGCUAGGACUGAACCGGACCAGCCAGGGUGAUGCAUUAUUGAUCAGUGCGGCCCAGGGAACAGCACAAAUGAGAGCACUGCAGGCUGCACGUGGUGCCUUUGGGCUAUGGGACUAGGACAGGAGGCCCCACAUGGGCGGGCUCACAGCUGGGGCUAAGUGUGUGUGUGUCUGUGUGUUCGACGCUGUUCACUCUUGUUUCACCUUGACAAGCAAGAGCCAGACUGCCCCGGUGAUGGGGCACCCCUCAGUUCUGUCUUUGUGUAGUGGUUUCCAGCUGUGCCAUCUGGGAAGCUAAGAGGAGGGGUACAGAGCCGAGCGGCGGCUUAGUCAAGGCUACUGAGCCAAGAUCGAGUAGGGAAGGUCGGGAGCGGCUAAGCUUGUUCCUUUGGAAAUAUCUGUUUUCAGACACCCCAACCCAAGUCUGUCAUGGCAUGUGGCACCUUUGCGUAGAGCUCUGAAGUACAGUAGGAAAGUUAGAACGUCUUUUGAGUGCUGGGUCUCUCUGGGGAACCUAUGCCCCCAUUACUGCUGUUUUUUCCUAUUCUCUGAGAGUAGCAUCCCUUUUCACCUCACUGCCCCCACCUCCUUGCCAUUUGGAAAGCCAAGAUGACUUCUGAGGAGCUCCUUAGAGCUCACCGUCAUUCAGGGCACCCCCUGAAGUCUGGUCCGUGAGAAUCAGGGCUCUGGGCAGGGAGUUCUAGGACAUUCCUUUUCUUCCCUCUUCUCUGCUACUCACACCAGUGAAGCUUAUUCCCCAACCGUGGUGGAUGAGGGUCCUUGGGAUACAUCCAUGUUGGGUUAUGUGGUUGUACCUAUGAUAACAUAUUUGCAAAAGAUUUCCCUGCCUUUCACCCUUAAGCAGUCCUGUUGGGGGAGCACAAAGCGGGGUGUCAUUUGUUACAGUUCUGCGUUUUCCACUCUAGCCUGGUGCGGGCUCCUGGAGUGGCUUCCCCAUCGGGAGCCUGUGUCCCUCACCUGUGUGUAUUCCCUCAAUGCCCCACCUUUCCUCCCUCCUCUUGCUCCCAGCCUGGGCCAGCGACUCUUCCUGACCAUGUUGGAGAAACCCCUGGUGUUCUGCAGGAAGGAUGCCAGGAGCAGGCUGGGCAUGCAGAUGGGAGAGGAGAGCCUCUGGGUCAUUUGCCCAUGCUUUCAAAGCCCUGACCCCCUGAAUGUGACCGGGUACAAAAAGGAAAUCUGUCCCCAAGCAGAGCAAUAGCAGGAGUAUCUGGGCAGUGAACAGGAAGCCCAGGGCGGCCCACAGUCCCUCUGUAUUUCCUGGAUACUGCCUGGGCCUUAGUCUUCUUGUAGCUGCUAUCUAUCCAGGCAUCUCCCUCCUAGAGAGCCAGAGAGAGGAACUGGAACUUCAAAAACCCUUACCUGAUCUUACUCUCAAAAUCCAAACAGACCUAUAGGGAUCUCUUCCCCACCUUGGCUGGCUCUCAGAAUGGUUCAUGCUCUGGGGGCCAAACCUGCUUCCACACUGGGAAGAAUGAUGAGACUAGUCAUGCUUCGCAGAAGCCUGGCUACAGGAAACCCCUGUGUUUCCCAAAGGGCCCUCCCGAAUUGCCUUUCCAACACUCCCAGCUAUCUGGGACUACAGGACUAAAGACCCGGCUUGGGCUGCUCCUAAGUGGACAUUGCUCUUCUGGGGACAUCUGUGGCUCUUGGCUUGACAUGUGUGUGUCUUGGAGGCAUUUUAUACAUGUUUGCCUGAGCCCCAGCCACUCUGGGGUUCUUGGGGAUGGCUCUUGUCAAUGGACACCUCCCCAUCCCAACACAACACUCUGUGUCCCAGCCCUUGGCCUGGACUUGCACCUGCCUUGGCUCUGCCCAGCAGCCUACUGAGUGCCUGAAACCCAACCACUCGCUUCUCUUCCAUCACACCAGGACUUCUUGGGUCCACGGACUCCAGUCCUUGUCAUGUUCCCUUGUGCCAAGAGAAAGGAUACGAGGAAGGAAAAGGCAGCCAGGGUCUACUACCCUGCAGCUGAAAUGUCCACAAGAACUGGCACCUUCUCACUCUUGCCUCUUCUGUUUCCAGAAUUAACUAAAAUAUCCAACCACAGCCUUUGGCAAGGCCUAGCAUGGUCUCCAACAAUUGAUUUUUCUAUUCAUUCAUGAGCCCCAGUUUGGGAUUAAGGACAGGGCCUGAGUGAUCCAGGGGGAAAACCCAGCCCUUUGUGGAACAGGGUGCCUUGGGUCCAUCCCUGAAUCUGUGUCACUUGCUCUUGACUUCUCGAUCUUUCCCCACUUCACUGCUCUGUCCCCACAUGCAUUGGUCUCUGCUGCAGCCAGGCCAGGCUCCUGGCCUUCAGUCCCUUCCUGACACCCCUACCCUGUCCCCCCUACACUUCCCUGACUUGUUGAGAAGCCAGCUCUAAUUUGCACACAUUUAAAUCCAGGAAGAACCAGACCACUGCUUUCCCUGCUGGCCUCCAUCUUCAUUCACUGAUGAAGUUUUGGGAGGAGGUUAUAUUCAUCUUAUGCAGGGAGAAAAAAAGAGGAAAGAGGCUGUAUAUUUUUACAUCAUAAUUACCAGCCUCACCUUCAACUCAUUCUAUACAAUCCACAUGACCAAGAUUUGUGUAUUUGCCCUUGUCCCGUCACAGCUGCACACAGGUGCCCAGUACACACAAGUCACUGACUCAACAGCGAGUUGUUCCAGUCUGUCUUGCUUUUAGCAAGCCCUCAUAUACACGGGCUUCCCAAGGGGACCAGUCCACAGGGUGGAGAUUCACCAGGAAGCCUUGGCUUUGCAAAGAGAAACAUCUCAGCUUUCUUUAAAGGGCAUGUGGAUUUGCACAUAAAUUUCACUCAACUCUUCCAGAGUACAGGUUGUUCAUAAAACCAAGGAGUUUCUUUCUUGGCCUCCAGUGGGAGGACAUGCUCCUUGUGUCCCCAUCCCCAGAGCCAAGCUGGAAACCCAAAGUCAUUGCUUAGAUCCAUUUCGUCCUAGUAUUCCUUUUACUGAUCCAAGAGAAAAUUUUCAUCUUGCCCUGGACCCCCCAUCCUCACCCCAUCCAUUUGUCUCCACAGCUACCUUGGAUUGUCAGUCAACAGAAGUCCUUGACUGAUAUUGAUCACUAGACUUUUGUAUCCAGAAAACCUAGUUCUUCCCUUUUUCUCACUCCCAUGCCAUAUACACACAUCACGUCCCUCCCCACAAACACACAAAACCAGCCUUCUCUCACCUUCCACCAUCCCUAUCCCCACCUACAGCUGAUCGUCAAAGGCACACGGAGGAAGUAGUAGACACAGAGCUCAGGCCAAUCAUUAUCUUGAGAAAUCUAAACCCAGGGCUGGCAGCCUAUGCCCCAUAGGCCAUAUCCAGCCUGCCAAAUGGUUUUUACAUGUUUUAAUUGAGGAAAAAUCAAAAGAAUAAUAGUUCAUGACAUGAAAAUUCUAUAACAUUCAAAUUUCAUGUCAAUAAACAAAAUGUUAUUGGAGCACAGCCACCUCUCCAUGUACACAACCACGGCUGCUCCGUGCUACAGUGAGGGAGCCGGCUAUUUGCAACAGAGACAAUGUGGCCCCCACAGUCAGAAACAUUUACAAUCUGGCCCUUUCCUAACUUUGCUAGCCUUUGAUAGAGAGGGUUGGAUAUGGCUCUCAGGGGAAGAACAGGAAGCUGGAGGGGGAGAGAACUUGUUUCAGUGGAAGAAGGCCAGCUUGCCCCAGGAUUCAGCAGGCCACCUCGGGCAGUAGAGAACUCCCUGUCCUUGGAUGGGGUGGAGCAGAGGUUGACUUCUUGGCCUGUGUGAUUCGGAGGCAAUUCAGGCCCUGAAGGCUGGAUCGACUCCCUGGACUUUAAUACUCUUAGUUUGCUAAGGGUGGCCAUAAGAACAAAAUAUCACACACUGAGUGGCUUAAACAACACGAAUUUACUCCUCACACUUCUUGAGGCUGGAAAUCCCAAGAUCAAGGUGUCAGCAGGGUUAGUUUCUAGUGAGGGCUCUCU